AAGGUUUGCCAUAGCAUUACUGUCAUAUUACAGCAACACUUACAAGUUCAAUUCAUGGUCAAAAUCAUUGCUAUAUUUUGGAUGGUUAUUUUGGUGGUAAGUAGUUGUGACCACUUGUGAUUUAGUGUGAAAAGGCCUACUUUGUGGCACAAUUUAAUUUAGAUGAUUUGAAUAAUAUAAUCAUAUUUUUAAGCCAUAUUGUAUCUUUUUCAGGAUUACUGUAAUUGAAGGAACUAUGGGAAAGUUCUCCUUUCCAAGGCUCAUCAUAAGAAUGCCAUGGGCAAAUCGGACUGCACAGGAUGAUUUCUGCACAGGAACUACUGAACUUCACGGGCCCAGAACACACCAGCCUCACAACUCCUCACAACUCCCCAGCCUUAAUGUGUGUAGGCGGGACAAGGAGAACACCGAUUCUAUCCAGAAGAAGAGGAAAAAGAAGAGGCUAAAUGAGAAGGGAACCCAGGUUGAACUAGGCAUGCGGGAGGAUAUCCAUGACCUUGACCUCGCCCAUUGGAGAUUGGCUAGAGAGACAUGGAGAACUGAGCGAGGAAACAUGAGGGAGAUUAAGGCGCUGUAUGGAGAAAUAUUUAGGCUGCACCAACUCUUGGAGGAGAUUGGGGUGGAUAAAGGGGUGAUCAAGCAGCGCUCCACCUCCUCCAUUAUUUGUCCCGUCUCCCCGACACUGCCAGCUUUCCCCUGGUACAACCACCACAGGUACCUCGCCAACAGCCAAUCGGAGCCUGACCAGCAUGCUGCCGGCACCCAGAAGGACCCACCUAAGAAACACUCAAUCUUUCCCCCUCUGGACACACAGAGCUGCACCUCCCCUGAAAAAUGGCCUCAUUCUCCGUCCAAGACAUCACACCCACACGCUUCACACCGAUUUGCUGUCCCGUCCCACCUCCUGGCUUCCGGCCCUCCUGCCCGGAUGAGACAGACCCAUCUGCAGGUCCACCCCAGGUCCCCAUUGACUGGCCAGGCAAAGGUCAAGGAUGAGGUUAAGAGGCCAGAGACUGCAUCGUCUGAGGAAUUGUCUGAGGAAGUUCAACGGAGAGGAGCAGAAAUUGCAAGCAUGUAUAAAGCACAGCUGAAAGAGAGGAUGGCCCAAAAGAGAAAGGAAGAGAUUCUGAAGAAAAUGGCAAACAGCAAUGACAAGAACGAUGACACUGAGGCCUCCUGCUCCUCUGCAGUAAAACGAUCUAAUACCCCUCCCACAGCCCCCGAGCGCCCGGCCAGCCCAGAGGCCACGCCAGUGGCCGCCCGAGAGGACACUCAGGAGGACACCCAGCAGGACCUGGCAGAGGUUGUGAAUGUGCUCAAGAGGCAAUCAUCUGAUCUAUACCUGCCUGACGAGGUUUGUGAGGAGUCACUCACAUGGAAAUCCAUUUACGAGGAGCUGUGCCCGCUCGCUCACAGAGUGAACACAGAAGCUGACUACAUCAAGGCGCUCCGCGUCAUCACUGAGAAUGCUGUGACUCCCUCGUGCUCGUCUGAGGAUGAUGUGUCUCAGAGUGUGAGUGAGGACACAAGUCAGGAGGGGAGUAGUGAAAGUGAGGAGAGCAUGAGUGGACAACAGCAGAGAUGUCUACACAGGGAUCCUUAUGGUAAGAGGGACAGGAAGGAGAUUGAUAGUGGUAAAAUGGAAGGGAGAUUUGCAACCGCCAAUGCAAUGUCUAUGAUGGCGAGCCGAGGGAUAGAAGAACUUAAUGCCAUGAGCUACGCAGACAGGAUCAAAUAUUUCAAGUAUGAGGCUAAGAGAAAUGAAGAGAUGAUGAAGAUUGAAAGGAGGAAGGAAAAAGCCAGGGACGAAGAGCUCAAAAAGUGGGAAAAGAGGCAGAAGAAAUUGAAUGAUGAGGAAAGGAAAAGGACAGAAAAUAUGGAAAAAACAAGUUAG